AUGAUAGCGCUCCCAGGAAAGGUCAUUUUGAAAGCUUCAGCUCUUCUCAUCUUGGGCCUGAUGGCGGCUGUGGUUCUUCAUCAACUCAGUUACACCAAUGACUUUUCCCUCCCUAGCCAGUCCAUUGAAGUCAUCAGUCUUUGCGAUGAUUCCGAAAGAAAUGGGAAAGACACUCGGAGUCCCGUCAAUACACCGAAAUCGCAAGAACCGAUCCCCAAACUUGUUCACCAAAUCUGGAAGAGCAAAAAUGUCAGCACAUAUCCAGUCCAAGCUUCUCAUGAGACAUGGAAGAAUAUGAUGGAGCCACUGAAUUACACCAUCAAAAUAUGGACAGACGAAGACGUCGUUGAACUCAUAAAGACUAAAUACGGUUGGUUGUUCUCUACAUACGAGGGCUAUGCUCAAAACAUCCAACGAGCCGACGUAGCAAGACUAGUUGUUGUCCAUGCCGAGGGAGGCAUCUACGCAGACUUGGACGUGUACCCUAGAUCGACGCAGGAGAUGUCUUGCGUGCAAAACCUCGGCCUACAAGGCGUCUUUGCUCCCACAUCGGGAACUCUUGGACUCAGCAACCACUUCUUCAUGGCGCAACGUGGUUCUCCCUUCCUCGAAUGGGCUCUCCAAGAAGCCAAGCGACGCGGCGGUUCUGCUUCAAAACGGAUACUCCUGCCCUACCUCCAGGUAUUCUGGUCCACGGGUCCGAUCAUGGUGACAUAUGCGUUCCGUCAGUACGCGUGGAUGUACAGCACAGUACACCACGGUAUGGUGCUGCUGGAUGAGGGAUACGCGGGAAAGCUGUUCGGGCAUGCGGCAGGACGCUCGUGGCAUGGGUCAGACGGACGUUUCUUGAAUUACGCGUCUGAUCAUCUGGGAAAUGCGUUGUUCUGGGUUACGCUGUGCCUAUCUGUGCUUUCUUUGGCGAUAAUAAUUGUCGUCAAGCGGGGUCGCGGGAAGUCCAUUGAGUUUCUCGUAGGGUGUGGAUCUUUCUGUUGGAAGAAGAACUCGGAAGACCAAGCAUAA